UCGGAGCUGCGGCCCCGGCGGGCGUCAGUGCGCGGCGCAGGAGGCCGCGGCAUGGGGCGGGUGCAGCUCUUCGAGAUCCGACUGAGCCACGGCCGCGUAGUCUACAGCCCAGGGGAGCCUCUGACCGGGACCGUGCGCGUGCGUCUGGGGGCGCAGCUACCCUUCCGAGCCACCAGGCAUAGGGGCAGGCUCUUCCUCUUAAGAGCUGCGGCCCCGCGGGCGUCAGUGCGCGGCUCAAGUGCGGAUCCCCAGCAGAGUCCACUGGGCACCUUCUUACAGUCUGCCCAAGCAAUCCGUGUGACCUGCCUGGGUUCCUGUGGGGUCUCCAACAAGGCUAAUGAUACAGGAUGGGUGGUGGAAGAAAGCUACUUCAACAGCUCCCUGUCAUUGGCUGACAAGGGGAGCCUGCCCGCUGGAGAGCACAGCUUCCCCUUCCAGUUCCUGCUUCCUGCCACAGCACCCACGUCCUUUGAGGGUCCUUUUGGCAGGAUUGUGCACCAGGUGAGGGCUACCAUCGACACUGCACGUUUCUCCAAGGAUCACAAGUGCAGCCUUGUAUUCUAUAUCUUGAGCCCUCUGAACCUGAACAGCAUCCCAGACAUUGAGCAACCUAACGUGGCCUCUGCCACCAAGAAGUUCUCCUACAAGUUGGUGAAGACAGGCAGUGUGGUCCUCACGGCCAGCACUGAUCUCCGAGGCUAUGUGGUGGGGCAGGUGCUACGGCUGCAGGCUGAGAUAGAGAACCAGUCGGGCAAGGACACCAGCCCUGUGGUGGCCAGUCUGCUGCAGAAAGUGUCUUAUAAGGCCAAGCGCUGGAUCUACGACGUGCGGACCAUUGCGGAGGUGGAGGGUGCUGGUGUCAAGGCCUGGAGGCGUGCGCAGUGGCAAGAGCAGAUCUUGGUGCCUGCCUUGCCACAGUCGGCCUUGCCGGGCUGCAGCCUUAUCCACAUUGACUAUUACCUGCAGGUCUCCAUGAAGGUGCCUGAAGCCACCGUGACCCUCCCCAUCUUUGUUGGCAAUAUUGCUGUGAACCAUGCUCCCCUGAGCCCUGGGCCAGGCUUGGAGCCACCUGCUGGACCCUCACCCCCAGUGGUGCCUUCCGCACCACCCCAGGAGGAAGCUGAGGUUGUGGCUGGCGGCCCCCACUUCUCAGACCUGGUCUCCCUCUCCACCAAGAGCCACUCACAGCAGCAGCCACCACCUGCUGUCUUGUGUUCUGUGCCUGUCGCCCCUGAGCCCUGUGCUCAUGAUGGCAGUCCUGCUCCCCACUCUCUGCACCCUCCCUUGUGCAUCUCUACAGGUGCCACUGUCCCCUACUUUGCAGAGGGCUUUGGGGGCCCAGUGCCCACCACCAGCGCCUUGAUCCUUCCCCCAGAGUACAGUUCUUGGGGCUACCCCUAUGAGGCCCCACCUUCUUAUGAGCAGAGCUGCAGUGGUGCAGACCUUGGCCUGACUCCCAGGAGCUGACCCUUGAGAGCUGACCUCAUGCUACCUUUCCUGGUGGGCCUGGCCUCUGCCCUGGGAUGGGGUGCCCAGGGCCUCGUGCCUUAGCUCUCUGCCUGGCCUGGCCGCUCAGGACUCAUGCCUGUCCAGGCCACCUCUUGGCUGGAACAACCUCUCUCGGCUUCCCUAUUGUCAGCCCUCUUCUCCCUGAGGUCGAGAUGGGGGAGACAGGGACCAGAGACUAGAGAAACUCUGUAAAUAAAGUGUUAUAUUUGUAGAGCCUGCCUCUACAGGACAGAGGCUGGCCUGCCUCCAUCCACGGAUGCCCUGCAGCCUCCGGCCUGUGUUGGUUGGACCUGGUGCUCCCACCUUUUCUUUGGUUCUGCUCCAUCUUUGCCCCCUCCCAGAUGCAUCCUUCCCCUGCGAGGCCCCUGCCCACAGUGGAACCCCCUCCCUUGGGCCUUUGGAGGCUGUUAACACCAAUGCUCAGCUGGCUCUGCAGGUCAUGCCUGUCUGCUCUCACCCAGGACCAUGCUUUGAAGACUAUGUUCUAGGCUUCCAGAGCUAGAUAGGUGGGGUACUGUGGGCAGUGUUUCCCAGAGAGGCACCCUGCUGCUCUAAGGGAGGGCCUGGAGGUGCUGCCUUUGUUGCUCCAUGGGAAUGACUCAAUGGGGGUGGUCAGGGUAGAUUUGGGCCACAUGACUUCUCUGAUAGAGUGGAGAGAUACUAGGUGUGUCAGCCACCUUGGCUGAGUAACAAGUUCGUGACUCUUAGGGAAUAGGUCACAUACUCACUAAACUGAUUGCACCAGAGGACAGGCCUGGUAAGUGGCUGUCAUCCCUAGGCUGUAGCUUCAGAUGGACAGAUGGACUAUGGGCUGUCACUUGCACACGCUGUAGGCCAGCCCUUGCAGUUGGCAGUGUGGGCUCUGGCCAGGUAGCCUUGUACUCAGCUAACACUAGCUCCCUGGGACAAGGGGAAGGAUGACAACUGAAAGAAGGCGGACAGGAGGCUACAGGUGGGUUAGUCUGUAAGCACAUGCUAGAAGUAGUGCAUCUACUUCCAACCCAGGAAAGAGGCCUGGGUUGGAGUCCCAUCUUGGCCUCUAGCCAGUGCCACCCCACAGGUGCUUGGUUUCCUGGCUUCCAUCACUUGUGAGGGUGCCAACAGUGCCUGCCUCUCAAGUCUGUCUAGGUUUAAUAAGCACACAUCACCUGAUGAGAACUGUGGAUAUGUGGUCAGUGGCCAUCAAAGGAAGGCAGGUCUACAAAAUUGGAGUGGGAGGCCUGCCUGUAGCCUACUUGUCACAUGCAUUUGUGGUCACAUUUGCAUGGUAAGGGGUUUCCCCCACAUUUUAACUGCAUAUGUUCAUCUAACAACUAUUUGUCUCUUGUAUUAUUCUGAGCACACAAAACAGUGCUAUCCUAGGGAUAAGACAGAUAACAUGCCCAGUAAGAAUACAGGGUUGUCAUGUGACAUGCAGGAUACAGAGCCAGAUAAAGCAAAGGGCUGGGCGAUCUCAUUGUUAACUAGAGGUACACAGCAAAGUGAACCCUGCACAUACUAGAGAUAAAAGUUUCCUGGAGAGGUCAGAGGAGGUCCUAAGGCAGGAGUGGAGAUGGAGUGGGAUAGAGGGAGGGUGGGUUGGGAGCUCAAGGGCUUUGACAGAACAGUUGAAUCGCCCUAAAGAAAACUGGAAUGGCACUUAGGGCUGUCCAUUCCUCUUUAUCUGUGUACACUGACACUGCAGAUGUAGCAGAGUCAUUUUUCUAUUUUUUCCUCAUGAGACUGAGUCUAUGACUGUCAAGACUCAGAGCGUCCUUAGUUCUUGGCAGUGAGAACAUCAGUUUUGCUGUAUGCUUUUCUCAAGUCUCAGGGACAGAAGAGACAGAUUUGGCCACAGGAAGCAGGUAGCCUAAAAGGCUUUAUGAGGCUCUAAGUACAUUGUCCAGCGAAGGGUGCUUGGUGUGCAAGAAAGUCCUUGCCCUGUGCAUAGCAAGUAUGUGCCUGGGGAUAGCCAGGGGCAGCAUCUCAUCUGAGAAACCCCAGUCCAUCAACCCUUCCAGUGUGACAUCACUCCCAGCCAGAGCACCCAUUCUUAACCAGAGCUACCCCCUAACUGGGACACCUCCCAACCAGGGCACUCCUCCAUACUGGAAUACCCCCUUCCCAUUCAGGACACCACUGCCAGCUGGAUCAUCUCCCUAGAGGGGAAUCCCCUCUGUGCAGUUUCUCAAUCCUUAGGACAUCCUCCCAAUCAGAAUACAUGUGGAGUUGGGACAUUCCCCUAGCUGGAAUCCCUCCUAGCAGCUGGGGCAUUCCUCCCUACCAGGAACCUGGGACCUUGCCCAAGUAGGGUCCCUCCUCUAACCAGAGCACCUUCCUCCAUGCCAGGCACACCCCAUAAGCACAUCACCCCUCUGCUGCAGACCCCCAAUUGGGGCACCCCCCUAAAAAGCAACUCAGGAUGACUGCCUUUGUGAAAGCUCAGGAAAUCAAAAUGUAUCUGGGUUUAGAGGUUAAGAGUUGAGCCUUGAGUUCUUCACCCUAGGCCUGCCCACCAGAACACCAAUUUACAGUCCCUCUCAUCUGCAGGGGUGUGUUCUACGACACUCUGUGGAUGACUGAAAUCACAUGUGGUACUGAAACUUGUACAUACAAUGAUUUUCCUUACACAUACAGUAAAAUUUAACCAAUGAAUUUGGUAUAGGAAGAGACUGACAUUAGUAAUAAAAUAAUUAGUUGGGUGUAGUGGCCCAUGCUUGUAAUCUCAGCAGCUUGGGAGGCUGAGGCAGGAGGAUCAUGAGUUUAAAGCCAGCCUCAGCAAUUUAGUGAGGCCCUAAGCAACUCAGCAAGACCCUCUUAAAAAAAAAUACAUAUAUAUAUAUAUAUGGCUGGGAUGUGGCUCAGUGGUUAAGCGCCGCUGGAUUCAAUUCCUGGUACACCCCCCACCCCGCAAAAUAGAAGAAUUAUAUAAUGUACUGUAAUAAAAAUUGCAUGACUGUGA